AUGGAUCCCAAUGCGCCCUCGUUCGAGGCCAUGAUAAGGCUUGCACUGAGAGGAUCAGAUUGGCAACAGCUGAAAGCUUCGACUUCUGUCCCCGUCGAUUCAAAUGAAUCCCCACAACAGGAUGAUGAGCUCAAGACCGCCACACAAGCAGAUGAAGCUCUACCUCCACGAGUCAUGACAGCAAAGCAGAAAAAGAAGAUGGCACGCUUCGAAAAAACCCUUUCGCGAGAUGCAGGUGCAGUUAUUGAUAUAAUCGAAGCGGACGCGAUAACGCCAGUCCCGCAGAAUGUUACCUGGGACAGGGACCCAGAACUUUUGUGUAGCUAUAAUUGGCAGGCCUCAACCGAUGGCACGAACACCAUAUUUGUUCCUGGCACGCCCACAAAGUGGCAAGAGCCGCCUUUACCAAUCACCCUUGAACCUGAUCAGGGUAUCCAAUAUUCAGACUACAACUAUGCUCGCCAGCCACAGGAUCCCUAUUCACCUAUGUUCCAGGCUCUCAGCGUGAUGAACCCCAGCUAUCGGUUCAACGACGUGGACGUACUGGCGGACCGCAACAACUUGCGAGUACUGCUGGAUUUCUGCCAGGGUAAAUCAAACGGGCCCUUCCGCCUAAACAUCUUUCUCCUCUUCAACACACUUGUCAUCGUGCGUAAGGAGUCCAGAUGGUGGUCGACGUGCGAUGGCGUGAGCUAUGGUUGGAGCUUCGAGAAGCAUUUCACGCGGCCCGUAGAAGGUAUGGAAGAUGCUACGAGCCACUACAGGGCUAUCCGAUAUCCUCUGGGACCCUUGAACGUCGUCGUACGUUUUGAAGCAGACGCAUACGAUGAUGGCCUCGCCUCUGAUAUUCGAUCCAAUUCUGAGACCCACGCCGUGGGCGGAUCCUCCACAGGAAAACCAACCUUUUCUUACCGAUCACCCAUUCGCGUGAUGCAAAAAGGGCAAAUCAUACCAUGCCGGCAAUUGGUAGAGCUCAAGACACAAAAGAUCAAUCCCGAGGAUUCCCACAAAGUGGCCUGUCAAGACCAAUUAUGGUUUGGCCGCACCUCCCUCCUCUUCACCGGACCCUACCAAGGCAACACGGGCGUCAUCAAACGCGUCAAGUACGAGGUUGCCACCGACAGGAUCAAGGUUUGGGAAGAGCGUAACCAGGAUAGUCUGCGCAAGCUACCGGCCCUGCUUAUGCAGCUAAGGGAUAUCUUGAAGACGCAAACGCGACCAUACCGAGCCGUCCUAGUGCGAGAGGACAAAGGUGGUCCCCUCUACGUACGCACCAUGCAAGGCUUCAGCCAUGCGCUUGGUAGGGACUACUUCGCGAAUCAUUGGACACCGAGUCCGUCGUCUGUCUCGUCUCGUGGUAGCGCUUAUCGCGGUUCGAGAGCUGGCCGAUCGCGUGGGAAUCAUCAGCCGAGAGGUCAUGAUACCACACAAACAUAUCCCUGUCCUCCGCUCAAUGACCCACAGAAUCAUGGCAGGACUUUGACUGAGUCGCAUCGCGGUCAAGGAGGAAGGGGAAGAGGUCAGUUCUACGUGCCCCGGGGUCGUGGUCGUGGUCGUGGGCAAUCUAAUUCCUAA